UGGUUGAGAAAAUCACAACAAAGCAACGUCAAGCAACAAUGGGAAAUGAUUGAGCCUCCCAAUUUCUUUCUUGAAUGGCUUCGGUGCAGUGGCACCGAAUGGUGGGGAAAUUCGGUUGUUUUUAACAAAACAAUAAUGUGAUUGCUUUACAGGUAGUGUUUUUGCUUUAUUUUCGUUAGAAGAAAGUUUCCCGGAGAAUCCAAUUGGAAGAAGUUUUAUUACUACAGUAAUAUUUGGAAAACUGCGCGUAUGCUUUUCCCGUAGCGUAGCGCCUCAUAAUCAUCAUUUUCUACGAAGUAUAGUGUGUGCGAGUGUUUGUGAGCGAUUUAAGAAGAAGUGCGGAAAAUAAUAGUGACACCGAUGCACCGUCAUUGAAGAGGUGUGUAAAAGUAUAGUAAAGAAGUAGUGUGGUAGAAGCAAGAAGCAGACACCAAAAAGGAGAGUCAGAGAGAGAGAGAAAGCGGAGGAAGCAACAGAAGACAGCAAAAGCCACCCAACCAGUCAGGUUCUGCGUCGUCAUCGGAGAGCGGCAAGAGCCCCACCGGAAUAGCUAAUAAGUUCGGAACGCGCACCUACUACCUCCCUGGUUCCUGGUGCUGGUGGUGGUGGUCAGGAUAAAAUUGAAACAGAGCCAACAACCAUCCUUUACCGUUGCCGGCACAAGGCACCUUUGCCACGAUGCCAGGCGAGUCCAAAACGGCGGAACCGGCGCCAGCCACCAAUCCGAGCACACCGAAGAAGAAGCCCGCCACGUCGUCCGGUAAGGCGGCGCUAGCCAAAGUCACAGUCCUGGAUGGAUCGAUACUGGAAGUGACCAUCGAUCGCAAAGCUCGCGGUCGAGAUCUGCUGAACUCAGUCUGCGCUGGGAUGAACAUCAUCGAGAAGGAUUAUUUCGGUUUGACGUACGUAACGGCGGUCGAUCCCCGGGUAUGGCUGGACCUGGAACGACCGGUAGCCAAAUUCUUCCGCUCCGAUCCGUGGGAGCUGAACUUUGAAGUCAAAUUCUACCCUCCGGAACCGGCACAGCUGCAGGAGGACAUCACCCGCUACCAUCUGUGCUUGCAAGUGCGAAAUGACAUCCUCGAGGGCCGGCUGCCAUGUUCGUUCGUGACGCAUGCCCUGCUCGGAUCGUAUCUAGUUCAGUCGGAGCUGGGCGACUACGAUCCGGACGAGAUGAAGGAUCGCGCGUACCUGAAGGAGUUUAAGAUUGCACCGAACCAGACGCCGGAACUGCUGGACAAAGUGAUGGAUCUGCACAAGACGCACAAGAGUCAGACCCCAGCGGAAGCCGAGUUGCACUACCUGGAGAAUGCCAAGAAAUUGGCAAUGUACGGUGUUGAUCUGCAUCCCGCCAAGGACUCCGAAGGAGUCGAUAUCAUGCUGGGAGUUUGUGCGUCCGGAUUGUUGGUGUACAGAGAUAAACUCCGAAUCAAUCGUUUCGCAUGGCCCAAAAUCCUGAAAAUCUCGUACAAGCGAAACAACUUCUACAUCAAGAUCCGGCCGGGUGAGUUCGAGCAGUACGAAUCGACGAUCGGCUUCAAGCUGGAGAACCAUCGCGCCGCCAAGAAGCUGUGGAAGGCUUGCGUCGAGCAUCACACCUUCUUCCGCCUGAUGACGCCGGAACCGACGUCCAAGGCGGGUCUUUUCCCGCGGCUAGGCUCCAAGUUCCGCUACUCCGGGCGCACGCAUUACGAAACCCGGAAGACCCCCGUCGAUCGGCCGGCGCCCGACUUCAAGCGAAGCCUCACCGGGAAGCGGAUGUCCAGCAGAAGCAUGGAUGCCCUUGGCCACCAGGAAAAGGAGCGAGCUGCCCUCAAGGACCCGAACAAGGACGCCAACAAACGACACACCAUGUCACAUCCACCGGAUCACAUUCCGGAUCUGGAAUCGCCCACCCGUGGCUCCCGAAGCCCGAUCAAAAAGGAAAAGAAAGAACGCCUGAAGCGCGAGUCUAGCACCGGAACGGCUUCAGCGUCGUCUCAGAGCUCACUCGAGGGUGAUUACGAUAUCACUGCGUCGUCGUCUAACGUUGUUCCGAUGAGCCAGAAACCGAUCGGUGGAAUAGCAGUCUUCCCCGGUGCCGGAAAGAAGGACAAGGAAGCCAAGGAACCGGCUUCGCCUGUCAAGGAGGAAGGCGUCAAUGGCAACAACGGCAACCAGGAAGCGCUCAAUUCAUCCACCGAGGAGAAGACCUCCCCUGCUGGAAAGCGAAAGGGUUUCCUGUUCUCUUCGGGUCGCAAAUCUCCCAAGGAGAAGAAGACCGCUGGUGCUACGGCUACCCCGGUUACCAACGGUGACGGUAGCAAGAAGGGAGAUGCCUCUCCGGUGAAGGAACUGGCCGAGGCCCAAACGCAAGCUCAGCAGGCGCAGAAAGACGCCGGCAAACCCGGGUUCACUAAACCGUACGAGUACUCGGAGAGCGAAAAGGACACUAGUCCCAACAAGAAGAACGUGAAAUCCCGUGGCUUUCGGUACGAUGAGGAUCCCUCGCAGUAUGCUAGGGACAAGGAGGAAGCACAGCUUAGUCCGAAUUCGCAGAGCCGACGGGCCACGGGCUUGGCGUUCAACUAUGCCCCUGGGGAGGAUGAAAAGGUCCGGGAAUCGGUAGAGAAGCGUAAGGCUCCUGGUAGUCCUGGUUCACCGCAAGCGGGUGAUGCGAAGGACAAAUUAUCGCCCCAGACCGGUGGCAGGGGACUGGCUGGGGAGACAGAUGAGCAGAAGGGAGUAAGAACCAGUGCCCGCUCGUAUUCACCCAACAAGGGUAAGACGGUUGACCCACUGACUAGCGGAGCGGGAUCGUUCCGCCCGUUGGAUGACAUCCAGUCCGAUCCGAAUGCGGCCUUUAUCAAGGGAGAACAGGUAGCAGGAAUUGUACCGGUGAUUGCGGGACCACUCGAACCGGUUAAAAAGAAGGUUAAGAUCAUGGUGAUCAUUUCGAGAUUUGAUCCCAAGACGAAGAAGGUCGAUACGGCUAGCGGCGUGGUGGAACACUCGACUGGAGUGCUGGACACGAAGUCCGGUCAGAUUGAAAGUAAGUAUGGAGUGAUUGAUCCCAAGGCGGGUACGGUUGUCAACUUCAAUCCAAGAACCGGACAGAACGAAACCUUCCAGGGACAGACGGACCCGAAAUCCGGACAGCUUCAUGUUGUUAGCGGAGUGGUCGAUCCUAGCACAGGAAAGGUGGAUGACAAUCUGGGACAGGUUAUCAUUGUGGCUCCGGAUGACGAUUCCAUUGUGGAAAUUACGACCAUCACGGGUAAGGUCGAUCCCAACACCGGUAAGGUCGAUACGACCAAUGGCGAUGUGGAAAGAACUCGAGGUAUUCUGAACAGCAAGACGGGAGUUGUGUCUACCAAGUACGGAGAUAUCAAUCCCAAGACCGGGGAGUUGCGAACGGUAGAUCCAAAGAGUGGAAAAGCUAGCAGUCGAUCGGUAGCCGUCGAUAAGGAUAACGGACAGAUUACGAUCGUGGGAGUUACUGAUCCCAAGACGCAUAAGGUCGACAACAGUCAGGCUCACUUGGUGGCGAUUGGCAACCAGGUAGAUCCGGUCGUUGAAGUCACAUCGGUUCUCGGUAAGUUGGACAAGAAGGGAAUCGUUGAUCCGAAGACGGUAACAUUCGAUAAGAGCACCGGCCAGCUGGAUACCAAGGACGGUAAAAUCAACACCAAGUUCGGACAGUUUGAUUUGGCGAAACAGACGCUAACGUUCGUUGAUCCGAAAACGGGUAAAACUGAGACUAAAGAAGUCAAGAUCGAUCCGGUUACGGGACAGGUGCUGCUGAAGAACCAGGUCAAUCCCAAGACCGGAAAGGCCGAUAAGGAUUACGGAAGGAUCAUUUCUAUCAGAAUUGUUCAUAAUCGCAUCGAUCCGGCUACAGGAAAGCAUGUUUCCACAGUUGAAGAUAAGGACAUCAGGAUCGAUCCGAAGACCAACCAGGUCUGGGUGCCGGAAGGUAAGGAUCCCCGAACCGGUGAAACGAUCUACACUUCCAGCCAGGUCGAUCCGAAGACAGGCUACGUGAUCACCAUCUACGGUUAUCUGAAUCCGAAGACCAACGAUAUCGAGAAACAGACCAAACUGGAUCCUAAUCUUACCAAGGUUGACCCCACGACUGGACAGAUCUAUGCUGCCACCGGUCAAGUGGAUGAAGCAACGGGUGAACCAUUGUUCGCCGCUUCGCAAAUCAACGAAGAAAGCGGAGAGAUCUACACCAAGGUCGGCAAGGUGGAUCCAAAGACCGGUAGGUUGGUGAUCAUCAAGAUCUUCAUCCUGACGAAGAAGGAUGAACGUGGAAAACCCGAGGAGGUCGAUGUCAACGGAGUGGACUUUGAUCCGAUAACCGGCAAGAUCAACAACAUUGCCACCAAGACGGUGUACGUGUACAAGAUGCGCGAUCCAAUUACCGGGGAAACCUAUCAGGUCGAUCCCAAUGACCCCAGCAUUGCCGGAGCUCGCACCACCGUUACCCAAACUAUGACCCUGAGCGGUGAAAUCGAUCCACUCACCGGACGCAUUAAAUCUGAAUGGGGUCACAUCGACCCGAACACCGGAGACAUCGAUCCGGCUACGGCUAUCCGCGAUCCGGUGACGGGCAAACUGAUCCUCAACUACGCCGACAUCGAACCGAGCCACUUUGGCAAGAAUGUAACGGUCACGAAGGAAACGGUCCCCAUCACGAGGGAACAGUUCUACGAAGGCAUCAAGCAUCUGGGCAAGAAGGCGAUCCGACGGGACUCGGAAAGCUCCGACGACGAGAUGGCCCAGUAUGACAGCGAAAACGUUAAGGAGAUCAGCUCGGGAACUCCGAAGGCAGCCGCCGCCGCCGGUGGAAAGUUCGGAGCGCCAACGGUGGUUAAAACGACAACGAAGCAGGUUAUUACGAAGAACGAAGAUGGCGUUACGCAUAACGUCGAGGAGGAGGUGCAGAAUCUGGGAACCGGACAGAUCGUCUACUCGACACAGGAGCAUAAGGCCGACGCCCCCAGUGACAUUCAGGGUAAAUUCCUAACGGCAACGGCCGUAACGACGCGCACGGCCACGACCCACGAAAAUCUCGAAAGCAACGUCAAGACGCAACAGCUGGAGGAGAAGACCGUCGCAACGACUACGACGCAACGCGGCGAACAACAGGAGCAGCGAGUAGUCACACAGGAAGUCAAGACCACCGCCACCGUCACCAGUGGCGAUCAGUUUACCCGCCGUGAUAGCAUUUCGUCGACGAGUUCCGGCGAUUCCGGAACCCCAAUCGAUGGUCCGUACGGCGAGGAGGACGACUCCACGGUUAUCUACAACAAGAGCUACACGGGUGUUGAUGACGUUGCUGGAGCAUCGAAGGUUCCAACCGGUCCGAAUGUGGAACACCAUCGGGUGCUGCUCGACGAUUCGCAGGAAGGCGUCACAGCUGAGGGUGAGAUUGUAUCCUCUCAGACGGUCAGCAGCAAGACGCGAACGGUGGAAACAAUUACCUACAAAACGGAACGGGACGGAGUGGUGGAAACGCGAGUGGAACAGAAGAUCACCAUCCAAUCGGACGGCGAUCCGAUCGAUCACGACAAGGCGCUAGCAGAAGCCAUUCAGGAAGCAACCGCCAUGAAUCCGGAUAUGACCGUAGAGAAGAUCGAAAUCCAGCAGCAAACGCAGUAAACGAACAAAAAUAUUAAAAAAAAGGUAAGGUCUGCCGAGCAUGAUUUUGACGAUUCAAAACUGGAACCCUCGGGGCAGGUCUGCGCGAGUCACGUGCAAGAAUACAGCAUGCUUUUGUCCGGCUGUGUGUAGUAAACCGGUUUCUACACAGAAAUGUCAUCACAAUUUUCACACACUAUUGUUUUACAUUUUUUUUUCUCGACGCGAGCUAAUUUUAAGUAUGAAAGUAUAAAUAGUUGAAUGCGACAUGCCGACGAUUCCGCGACGAAUGGCGAAAAAUAAGGACAGUUGUUCUAGUUUAAGCAUUUUCUAAUUUUAAUUAACGAGAGGACAAAUAUUAUAUAAAAUGAUAAAUACAAGAAAAAACAAUCAAAUCGCUUUAUGUCUGACUAUGUUGUUCUGCUAUUGGAGAAAAAAAAUAACAAUGAUAAGAAGCAAAGUUGUUGAACAAUAUUUAACAAUAUUUACACACAAACACAUGAGAAAGGAAAAAAAAAUCAAGAAGCUUAUAUUAUUGAUUGAUGGAAGCAGUCUAUAUUUAGAGAGAGAGAGAGAGAGAGAAAGAAAAAAGGGCAGAGGAAAUAUUAUUCGAGUAUUUGCUUUCAAUGUUUCAUGUUUGCAAAGCGGGAAGUUGGAAACCAUUUUCCCGAGAGGACGAGAUCAAUGCUAAAAUAUUGCUGAACGUUGACAGAGAAAGAGAGAUUCGUACCAAGCAUUUCGUCGUGCUCCUUUAUCUACACAACAAUUGACAUUAUACAUAUAGCGAUCGUAGCUAAAAUUUACAUCAUAUAUCAAACAUAGUUGCAUACUUUUUCCAACCUCUCAAUCGUCUUACCUCUUUACCAACAAACAAAGUAAAUCCUAGUUCUCUUGCAAAAUUUGCCUGAAAGAAAGUAUAUGAAUUAGUGGAAUUUUUAGCUGAACGUAUUUAACCAACAAAAAAAAAACAACCAUCAUCGUGUUCACUGAAUGGCGAUUUACGAAGGCAGUAUGGGAAAAGGAAUCAAUCAAACGUACGACCAAAAUCAUUGCAAUAACGAAACCGUGGAUAAAGAGUUAGUGAUCGUGUUAGCUAUCAGCUGGAAGCAAAAAAAUGACGGAGCGAACGGAUAAUAAUGAAAAGAUAAAAAUCGUUGCCUUAUUUGUAAUCGAAUUUCUCUCUUUCUUCGACUCGUUUCACGAUCGUUUGCAAUCUGUGUAGAUUCUAUAUGUGUACUACUACUAUUAACUGCUACUAUUACAACUAUCUAUUACUGUGUAUUUCUGUACGUCUAUUUAUUUCCUAAUUUUAAUUAACAUUCCGAGAACGAAGAAGCAGUCGCAGAAGCUUCCGCUUCCGAGAGGAGCAAUAGAACAGAUCGAACGUACUAAGUUAUCCGUUAACAGAACCCCCCUUAACUUAUUCUCUAUCCGUGUAGAAUUCUUCUGUUGUUUUCCGUUAUUUGCUUUCCUCUUUUGAAAACAAUCUUACAUGUCUCCCGAUAAAACCUCUUUUUUAAAAAGUAGUUUGUUCAUUUAGGACAAAGGAUGUUGCGUAUUUAAAGGUUUAGUCUGUGACCUU